AAUUUUUUUCACUUCAGUGGUUUCCAUUAAUGGGUAAAAAAAUUACUGACAUGAAACGCCAUAAUUCAUCGAGAUACGACAUUCAAGAUACAGCAGACUUUCUCCUCCCUUUCCUCCCUCGAUAACUCUGAUGUUCUCUUUCUCUUCCCUCUCUUUCCACUUGUUAACUCCCAUUCUUUGGAGCACAGAUCAUUGGCUUCAAACGAAUGAGUUUGUGGUGGAGAUGGAGUUGAGAUUUGAAUCAGCGUUCAAGGCUAUGGAGGAGCUGGAGAAAGGCGUCAUAGCAAAUCGUGAUGGUAGGCGAAUGGUCGGGCACUACUGGUUGAGGAAUUCGAAACUAGCGUUGAACAAGUUUUUGCGCCAGCAAAUUGAAAACACGCUCGAUGCUGUUUGCAAGUUCGCUGAUGAAAUUGUUGUUGGGUUUCAGAUGAAGAACCCAGUUCUGGCCCUGAUUAUUGCUGACUUAAGCAUCGGAGUGUCUACCCCGAGAUCCAUCUCGGGGCUUUGCAGGUCAGCCCGAGGGGGAAACUCGUCUCAGCCUCUUGGACGAGGUCAGGUCCCCAGCAACCUUCCACCUCAUCCUCCACCCCCAAUCCCAAAUACAUUCCCUCCUGUUGAUCAUGCAGAAGGAGAAGACGAAAAUCAACCACACAAUUCGGUUAGCCACUCAGCCUCUACUGCUAACCAAGACGUAGUUGCAACUCAGCUCGCUGCCAUGCAACAGCAGUUUGGUGUCUUUCAGCAAGUGCUGGCUCAGCUGUUAGCCCGGAACAAUCCUGGUGAUCCACUCAUCAAUCUACUUAAUCCUACCCCACCACAACCCCUGGCCCCACCACAAAAUCCUGGACCAGUUCAAGAUGCUCCCGCUGUUAGUGAAUCUCAGGGCCAAUCUCACAUCGCGUCGGUUAUGCAACCCCCUCGUGAUGAUGUCGCUCGGCGUUUAGACAGCUUAGAAAAGCUAGUGGUCGAACAGCGAGGUAUUCCACCUCCACACCCUACUGCUGACUCCGUACCUCACCCUCUCAACACCAAUAUUAUAUUGGAACCCUACCCCGUUGGCUUCAGAAUACCACAGCUUGAAACUUAUGAUGGGACGAAGGACCCCGAUGAUCAUCUACAUGCUUUCUACUCUUGCAUGCAGGCCCAGAACGCUUCUGAUGCAUUGAUGUGCAAAAUCUUCCCCUCUACUCUCCGAGGUAACGCUCGAACCUGGUACUACAGUCUGCCUCCGAGAUCAAUCAACUCAUACACAGAACUGGCAUCCGCUUUUGCCACAAAGUUUUCCAGUAGAAGGUUGAUCAGGAAAACCACUUCCGAGCUGAUGCGGGUUAAGCAAAGGGACGGAGAGUCUUUGAAGAAUUUUAUGAGCAGAUUCAAUGAUGCAGUGCUAGAGGUUAACUCUUUCGACCAAGCAGUGGGCAUUACAGCUGUGAUCUCGGGUCUCGGCCAUGAAAGAUUCCGAGAAAGUCUGCUCAAACAUCCCGCCACCACCUUCAGUGAGGUAAAUGAUAGAUCAUUGAAAUUCAUAACUGCUGAGGAAUAUGCCCUGUCGCAGAACGUCACCCCUGCCAAGAAUCAACACCCAGACUGGCGAGAGGAGAAUCCGAACAGGAAACGGAUGAAGACAUCGCAGAACCGAGGACCGAUGUCGACCCUGAGAUUCGGAAGGCCGAACCCAGCACCUCCGCAACAACCUGUAGGUAAACCUCCAGUUAAUUGGACUCCUUUUAAUUUACCAAGGUCACAAAUCUUCAUGCAGAUUAAGAAUAAAAUGGACUUACGACGUCCGGGUCCAAUGAGAACUGCUGCUGCUACCAGAGACCAUACACGGUAUUAUGACUUUCAUCAAGAUCACGGUCAUACAACAGAGCAAUGCAAUAGUCUGAGGUCCGAACUGGAAAGCCUGGCGCAGAAAGGGAUGCUGAAUGAGUACAUCCAAAGAGUGGAACAGCCUCGAUUCGUCAGGGAACAAGGGACACAGCAUCAAGGAAUCCGCAACCCCCCAAACAGGCAAGGUGUGGGAUAUCAGCAGGCCCCACCACCACUCCCACCACCAGCUAGAGUCAUACAUAUGAUUACGGGAGGUCUGGAAGCAGGUGGAUUGAGCUCUAAGCAGAGAAAGUUGUACGUUAGAGAGGUUAAGCACCAGAACCGGAUUGUCACACCUCACAAUGAUCCUCUAGUUACUUCCGUCACGAUCAACAAUUGUGAAGUGCAGCGAGUCCUUGUUGACACCGGGAGUGCACCAGACAUCAUGUACUUCCAUUGUUUUGAAAGUCUUGGAAUAGAUCCAGCUCUGUUGCAGCGGUAUGAUGGUCCCAUUUACGGAUUUAACAACCAACCAGUUCUAGUUGAAGGAGUCCUCACUAUGAAUGUUGCAUUUGGCAGAGGCCGAAGUUAUGUGACCCCGUCAGUCAGGUUUUUGGUAGUCAAGAUGGCAUCCUCAUUCAAUGUCGUCAUUGGUCGACCCACACUGACUGAAAUCCGAGCUGUGGUUUCCCAAUCGCAUCUAUGCAUGAAGUUCCCAACUCUUACGGGAAUAGCAACACUGCGAGGCAACCAGGAGGUGGCCAGGCAUUGCUAUAUCACCUCGGUAACACAACCUCAGAAGGACAAGGCUCAGACACCCGAGAUUAAUCCCAAACAGAUACCUGAUGAUCGGCAAGUUAUGGGUGUUGAAAUAGUAGAUAAUCGACCAGAAGAUGAAACCAAAGCUGCUCCGGUUGAAGAUGUGGAGGAGGUACAAAUUGAUGACAGAGAUCCGAGCAGGAAAACGCAAAUUGGGACUAAGUUGAACUCGGAAGACAGAGCAGAGUUAAUAGCUUUUCUUCGGGCCAAUAACGAUGUUUUUGCAUGGACCUCAGCAGAUAUGCCGGGAAUCCCCACUUCAGUUUUUCAACAUAAACUCAGCACCAAUCCCCUCAAGAAACCAGUAGCCCAGAAGCGACGUCUCUUCGGGGGGGAGAGGCUACAGGUUAUUAAAGAAGAAGUCGAGAAACUCUUACAAGCCGGCUUUGUCAGAAGGGUAGAUUAUUGUGAAUGGGUCGCCAACCCGGUGCUAGUGAAAAAAGCAAACGGUAAAUGGCGAAUGUGCAUUGAUUACACUAACCUCAACGAUGCAUGUCCAAAGGAUUGUUACCCAAUGCCAAACAUUGAUAAACUGGUUGAGGCGGCUUCGGGAAAUGAGAGAUUAAGUCUCUUGGAUGCAUACUCAGGCUAUCACCAGGUCCCAAUGGCUCCCGAGGAUGAAGAAAAAACCUCGUUCUAUGCUGGUGAUGAGAUCUAUUGCUAUGUAAUGAUGCCCUUCGGCUUGAAGAAUGCAGGCGCCACUUACCAGAAGAUGGUUACCAUCGUGUUCCGAGCUCAGAUUGGACGGAAUCUGGAAGUUUAUGUUGACGAUAUAGUGGUGAAGAGUUUGAAAGCCGACGAUCACUUAACCGAUCUUGAGGAGACAUUCAACAAUCUCAGACAGAACAUAAUGAGGUUAAACCCAGCCAAGUGCAUCUUUGGUGUGGAAUCUGGAAAAUUCCUGGGUUUUAUGGUUUCCCGGAGAGGGAUUGAGGUCAACCCAGAGAAGAUCAGAGCAAUUGCCGAGAUGGAACCACCGAAGUCAGUGAAGGACAUACAGAGCUCACCACCUCUGCUCACUAAAGCCAAAGAUGGAGAAAUCCUCUAUCUAUAUUUGGGAAUUUCAGAUGAAGCCAUUAGUUCGGUUCUGGUAAGAGAAGAAGCCAAGCAGCAGAAACCAAUAUAUUACAUCAGUAGUGUGCUGCAUGGAGCCGAACUGAGGUAUCCUAUAGUUAAGAAAGCAGCUUUAGCAGUCAUCACUUCGGCCAGAAAGUUGAGGCCGUAUUUCCAAUCACACCCAAUCAUUAUUCUUACAGACCAACUUCUUCGGCAGAUUCUGCAAAAGCCUGAGUGUUCGGGAAGAUUAAUUAAGUGGGAAGUAGAACUGGGGGAGUUCGAGAUAACAUUCCAGCAGAGAUCAGCGAUCCGAGCUCAGGCACUGGCAGAUUUCAUUGUAGAGUGCACUCCAAGUAAUUCCAUUCUUACUCCGGAGCCCAAUGAUUGGACCUUAUAUGUUGAUGGGGCAUCUAGUAGCAAAGGUUCAGGAGCUGGUGCUCUCUUGAUUGGCCCAGAUGGAUACCGAAGUGAACAUGCUUUGAAAUUCAACUUCGACGCAACGAACAACAUGGCCGAGUAUGAAGCCCUGUUACUGGGUCUGCAACUAGCCUUGGAAUUAAAACUCAGUGCAAUCCAAGUAUACAGUGACUCCCAACUGGUGGUGAACCAAAUUAACUCAAUUUGCGAAGUUGUUGAUCCCAUGAUGGUGAAAUACGUAGCUUUGGUGGCCGAGCUGAAGUGCAAAUUCCAGAAAUUCUGUCUGAGCAAAAUCCCCCGAAUUGAGAAUGAACAGGCAGAUUCACUCUCUAAAUUCGCCUCUGAUAGUUCCUUACGUUCCAGAUCAGUUUUUGUGGAAGUCUUAGAUGAACCAAGCUUCGUGAAGCCACGAAUGAUGGAGAUCAGUACCGACCCAGGCACGCCGAGCUGGACUGACCUAAUCCUUUCCUUCUUACGCGAUGGGAUAGUACCUGAGGACAGGCAGGAGGCAAUGAAGUUAAGAAGGAAAGCAUCUCGGUAUACACUUCUUGAUGGAGUCCUCUAUAAGCGAUCUUUCUCUCUACCCCUUCUACGGUGCUUGAACCCCUAUGAAGCAGAAUAUGCACUCAGGGAGGUACAUGAAGGUGUUUGCAGAAGUCACGUGGGUGCUCGAACUUUGGCUCAUAAAGUCCUUAGACAGGGUUAUUAUUGGCCAAACAUGUACAAAGAUGCCACUCUCUUUGUUCAGAAAUGCUUGAAAUGCCAGUUCUUUGCACACCUGACUCACCAGCCUGCAGAAGAACUCACUACUCUGGUAGCACCCUGGCCAUUUGCACAGUGGGGAUUGGAUCUUUUGGGCCCAUUCGUGAAGGGGGUUGGUGGUGUAACCCACCUAAUUGUUGGUGUAGAUUACUUCACAAAGUGGGUUGAAGCUCGGCCACUAUCCAGUCUUACUUCCAAGAAGGUUGAAGACUUUGUUUUCAGCUCAAUCGUCUGUAGAUAUGGGAUCCCGAAUCAGAUUGUGGCUGAUAAUAGAACUCAAUUUAACUGCACCUCUUUUCGAGAUUUCUGUUCCAGCUACGGGAUUAAACUGCAGUUCACUUCGGUUUACCAUCCGGAGUCCAAUGGCAUGGUCGAAUCUGUUAACAAGUGCAUCUUAGAAGGAAUAAAACCAAGGCUGGAACAACACAAGGCUAGAUGGGCAGACGAGCUCAACAACGUCCUCUGGGCAUACAGAACUACGAGUCGAACUGCCACAGGAGAAACACCCUAUCAUCUGGCCUUCGGUACCGAAGCAGUCAUUCCUAUCGAGAUAGGAGUUCCAAGCUUCAGAGUCGCCCAUUUCGAUGAAGAAAGGAAUGGACAACUGCUUCGGGAGAACCUUGAUUUGCUUGAUGACCUCAGAGAAGAAGCACGACUUCGAACUCUAGUCUACAAGCAGAAAAUAGCAAACUUCUACAAUAAAUGAGUUCGACCCCGAUCAUUCAAAGUAGGAGACCUUGUUCUCAGGAAAGCAGGGCUAACAGGGUUCGAA